AUGGACACUAGUUUCCAGGCCGCUAUCGACGCCGGUAAGAUCAACGGCGCUGUAAUCUGUGCCACUGACGCCGAAGGCCACUUCGUCUACAACAAAGCAAUCGGAAAGCGCACCCUACUCUCAGGCGAGAAGCAGCCACAGCAGCUCGACGACGUGCUAUACAUAGCUUCAGCCACUAAGUUGCUCGCAACCAUCGCCGCCCUACAGUGCGUCGAAGACGGACUAUUAACUCUAGACGGGGAUCUAUCGUCCAUCGCCCCAGAGCUUGCUGCCAAACAUGUUCUCACCGGCUUUGCCGAUGAUGGUAGCCCUCAGCUCGACCCACCAGCCCGCCCCAUCACCCUCAGGAUGCUGCUCACCCACAGCUCCGGCACCUGCUACCACUUCAUGAACCCGCUCGUCGCCAAGUGGCGGGCCCAGUUUGCCAACCCCGAGAAUAACGACCCUCGCACAGUCGAGGAGAUGUUCAGCUACCCGCUCAUCUUUCAGCCUGGUGCUGGCUGGAUGUACGGGCCAGGUCUUGACUGGGCUGGUCGCGUGGUGGAGCGCGUUACGGGCGGAACGCUGAUGGAAUUCAUGCAGAAGCGUAUAUUUGACCCGCUCGGUACUGCAGAUGCUCAGUUCUAUCCUGUCACUCGUGAGGAGCUACGAGCCCGUCUCGUCGACCUCAACCCCGGUGAUCCUGGUGCUGUUGGUAUUGCCGUACUCGGUGGUGGCGGCGAUAUGAACUUGCGGGGCCGUGGUGACUUUGGUGGUCAUGGGUUGUUUUUGCCCGGCGUGGAUUUUGUUAAAGUUCUGCGCUCAUUGUUGGCUAAUGAUGGCAAAUUGCUCAAUGCCAAUACCGUCAACGAUAUGUUCCAGCAAAAUCUUAGCCCUGAAGCGGCGGCAAGUCAUCAAGCUGCGCUUGCUAGUCCUAUGGGCGUCUUUUUCAGCGUCGGCACGGAUCUGGGGAUGAAGGUUGGCCAUGGUUUGGGCGGUUUACUGACGCUUGAGGAUGUUGAUGGAUGGUAUGGCGAGCGGACGUUGACUUGGGGUGGUGGCUUGACCCUUGCUUGGUUUAUUGAUCGAAAGAACAACCUAUGUGGUAUCGGUGCCAUCCAGGCUGCGCUGCCGGUUGAUCUAGAGUUGGUGUCCGAGCUGAAGCAAACCUUCCGUCAUGAUAUUUACAACAAAUAUACUGCGUGGAAGGGCCAGCAGUAG